AUGCCGGUCCAGGUGAAGUACAACCAACAGCAGAAGUAUGUGAAGCUGGAUGACGUUGAGGGACAGUUUGACUUUCUCCAAUUCCAUGAAAAAGUCAUUGAGAGAUUUUGCCUCCCACCCGAUGCAAGCAUUAUGUACAAGGAUGCAACAGGGACAGAAGUUGAUGCGGAAAUAUUCAGCGACCUGGUUGGACAAGGCAAUGUGGUGCUGACAAUAUUCUCAAGCCAGGAAUUUUCAGACCUGUCCUUGUCCUCUGCAUCUGAGAUCUCUGACUCUAGCUUCAACUCAAGUGGAACUCUUACCAUGGAUGAGAUCCCUCACAAGAGACAGCAAAAAGAGAAUAAGCAUCAUGCAACAUCAGCUAAACAGAUUAAAAAUUUGAUAUCUCCUAUCAGAAACCUCCCCACUAAGGCAGUCAGAGAGGAAUAUGCUCUUGGCAUAGUGACACUGUUCCCGUCUCUCAAGGAUCCAUACACCAAGAAAGGCUAUGAACACUUCUAUGAUGCUGCUAGUAGCACAGGAUACAUUUCUUGGCGUCUGAAAACAGUCCAAAGGAAAAUUUGGCGUGGAUCUGAGGCGCCACCAAGUAGCUCUUUGAACCUUUCUUCAGGAGGCCCAAAGUUCCAAAGGAUUGUCAAUGUCGACAGUCAGCUUGAUGGGGAUGCUUGUCAAGAGGCAGUAUCUUUGCUCAACCACACCACAGACAAUUCCGUGAUUCUCCAGAAGAUGAGAGAGACAUUUCAGCACCGUCAGAAGCUUGUUAAUGACCCAGGUACAAGUGCUGAUAUCCUCUCCAUCUUCCCAAGAUUUUUGGAUACAAAAGGAUUGGUAAGUUUGGAAUGA